AUGGGCAUAGGGGUUAUUAUCAGGGAUUCUCAGGGGCUUGUAAGUGCUGCUUUAAGCUUCACUAGAGAAGGUUUUCCUGAGCCAACCACAGCAAAAUCAAUGGGGGCUCUAUGUGCAGUGGAAUUUUGCAGAGAUUUGGGGAUGCAGAAUAUCAUCUUUGAGGGGGAUGUUGAAGUGGUGGUCAAGGCUAUAAAUGUUAAUGUCUCUAUGUGUAGUAGUUAUGGACAAAUCAUUGAGGAUAUCAUAAGAGUUUUAGCUGGAUUCAAAAAAUGGGAGGUGUUGCUUGUCCAGCAGGAAGCUAAUGAGGCAACCCAUGGUCUGGCAAAACUUGCAGCACAGGAAAAAAUGGAAAAAGUUUGGAUAGAGGAGAUUCCCAAUAGCAUUUAUUCUAUUGUAACUUUAGAGCAUUUUGCUCUUUUUGUUUAG